CACACAAGGCUGUCACCCCCUCCCUUUGGAUGUGAUUGGCUGGGAGCUGACAAUGUGAAUUUGCAUGAUCACACCCCAGCCUCCAGGCUGCAUAUUAGCCAGGAGUUUGCAUGCUGCACAGUAAGUCAUUCCCUUUAAACCACAUGUGAGUCUGUCUCUCUGAUCCUGGACUGAGAGAGCUCCUAAGAUGCCACGAUCAUUCUUAGUGAAGAAACACUUCUCUGCCAAUAAGAAGCCCAAUUACAGUGAGCUGGAGAGCCAGAGAGGUAAGGCAUGGGGGGCACCCAGCACCCCUUAAAUAUCCUGCAUCUUAUUGCAGUCAGGCUGAACAGAUUUGGGGAAUCUAUAGAGCAGAAUGAGUGUGGAAUGAGUUAUUCUGGAAGUUUUUAUGUUUUAAAAUCCAUUUAUAGACAUAUUACUGUGUAUAGAUUUAUUUUGGGUAUUUUGAAUGCAUUGUUGUAUAGAUAGUGAAUGGAUGUAACUAGUAUAUAGUGUGUGCGUGUAUAUUUUUAUUUACUUCAUUCCUGUGUGUCUGUGAGUGAUAUAUAAGGUGUAUAUAAAUAUUGUUUAUUUGCGGAUAUACAUUCUCUAAAUUAAUCCAUAUUUUGUUUUUGUUGUGUGUGUGUGUGUAUAUUGAUGAAUGGAAUGUUGGGACCCAUUCAUUGUACAGACAUGUAAUAUAUUCUCCCCUCUCUUGCAGUGUACAUCGCUCCCUACCUAUAUGAUAAGUAUGCAUCCAUUCCGUUGAUACCACAGCCUGAGAUUUUGAGCACCACGGCCUAUUACCCACCUGUAGUUUGGGACACUGGUUUAAUUACGACGAUUUUCACGGCCGAGCCCGACUUUCAGAGUUCUCCCACGUCUCCUGCCAUUGAGGGAUCCAAACCGUUAGACCUUAGUUCCUUCUCCAGUGAGGACGACGAGAGCGGAAAGACCUCGGACCCCCCCAGCCCUGCUUCCUCCGCAACAGAAGCUGAAAAGUUUCACUGCGGACAGUGUAACAAGUCGUACUCCACCUUCGCCGGACUGUCCAAACACAAGCAACUCCACUGUGACUCUCAGAAUAGAAAGUCUUUUAGCUGCAAGUACUGUGAAAAGGAAUAUGUUAGUCUUGGGGCUCUAAAGAUGCACAUCAGGAGCCACACACUACCCUGUGUCUGCAAGAUCUGCGGCAAAGCCUUUUCCAGACCGUGGUUACUGCAAGGACAUAUCAGAACUCAUACCGGUAUGUAUACACCUUGUCUUUAUACAUAGUAUCCGUACUCUAACCCUAUGUGGAAGAAAGUUGGCUCUUGGCAUUCAACGUGUUAACUUUCCUGGUGUACAGAUCCUUAAAUUCUAUUUGUCAUUUUUACUUUUUCACUUUUGUUUGUGUUUUAUUUUUUGGGUGGAAAACAUUUCGCAUGCAAAGAAGAAAAAAAAUCUUUUCAUUAUUAUUUUUUAUACGAUAUAUUUUAUUGCAUUUUUAGGCAGAGAUGCAUUGUAUGUUGCAUUUUUGUAUAGACUGAACAAACAGUUUUGCGCCCAUCUAGUCCAACCUUCAGUGUAUACAUAGCUUGCCCAUGGUGGCUUUCUAAAUGUACCUUGUGGUUUCCCAUUGUGGGAUCUGUGCUGAUAUCUAGUUAUAAUCUUCAAGGAGAAAAAAAAAUCCGUUUUGAAGAUGAAUUGAAUAGUACAAAAGCUAGUGUACAUAGUGAUUAUUUCAGCGCCAUUGGGUUCUUUUGAUGUCAGGCCUGGGACGGGCCCCUAGUGAUGGGUGGGCACUAUAAUUUGUGCUAUGCACCUGUUGCAAUGCACGCCACGCUUUGCCAGUACUCCCAGCUGCCAGUCCCCUUACCAGCCCUCAAAGGCUCUCGCUUACAAUACAGCCAUCCACCUCUUAUUCAUGUCGCUGGGAUCAUUUCUUCAUUUACUUUUCUUUUUGUUGUUGGGUAACUGAUUUCACGCCCUGUUCAAGGGACGGCUAAAAAUGUAAAGCGUAAGAUCAAUUGCAUAAAUAGUUCAGAGAAUUAGUGCUCUUUUGUCAUUGUUGCUCUAGAUAAAAUAAAAUGUGUAUAGCUUUAACAGAUGCAAAUUUAAUGAAGUGCUUUUAACUGCCCCUUGUUAAUUGGCGUUACUGUGUGACCAGUUCCUUUGUUUACUCAACAACUUAUUUUCUGAGCUGCUGAGUUAAUAAUGGUAAAUAUUGACUUGUGAAGGAGCUUUCUCUUUAAAUUAACUAAGCAUCUUGGGAAAUAUAGCUCAGACAGAUCUAACAUGCCCUGUGCUUGGCCAGUUCACCAAGAUAGUGUUAGGUCUGCUUGUGGUGUGUUCUUUAACUUUCUUCUCUUGCAACACCUUGUCCUCCGAUCAAUGUCAUUAAACAUAUUUUUUUGCCUUUUUUUGUCUUCCUCUAGGUGAAAAACCUUUCUCCUGUACACACUGCAACAGAGCCUUCGCUGACCGGUCAAACCUCCGAGCGCAUCUUCAGACCCACUCAGAUGUUAAGAAGUACCAGUGCAAGACUUGCUCUAGAACUUUUUCUAGAAUGUCUUUGCUCCACAAACAUGAAGAGACAGGCUGUUCUGGGGGUCACUGAGAACCUUUUGCAUGUCGGACUGAAACAGACUCUAUACUCCUCCUUUGGGGGGGGAGUACAUUUAAUUAUUUUUGCUAUAUUUGUUUAGCAAUCUGACAAUCUCUUGUUCUGAAAUCCUCUUCCUGAUUCACACUUCAUCUUCUCAAUAGACUGUACAUUUGGAAUCGAGUGCCUUAUUACCAAAUCCCAGAGAUGCGUUACAUUUUUACCAUGUGCACAAUCAGCAUUCUUCAAUUUCCUUUUUUAUAUAAAUAUAUAUAUAUUAUUUUUUGUUAAAAAAACCAAAAACAAAACAAAGCCAAAUAGUUUAAUUACGUUUUCAAUACAUGUUAAAGCUCUAAAAAAUAUCUUGUGGGUUUCAAACCUUUUUUAAAUGGAUAAGAAGAUACAAUUGUUGAUUAUAUCCCUAUCUGUUGAGUGAGCUGGAAAUAGCCCAUACGAUAUAUAUUUAUGAAGGAAAGAAUUGUUACAUGUUUUUUUUAUUGUAAUAUUGUGACUGUAAAUAUGCAAAGUACUUGCAAACAACAGAGAAACUAUGCAAUAAUAUAUCACGGCUAGCGGCAGGUGCUUUAUCACAGUACAAUGAAAAUUUGCAAAGCCUGCACAGUUAACGUAGAUUAUGAAAGGUAUUAGAUACAUUUUUCUUUUUUCUCUCCAAACAUCUAUUCUGUUUACAGAGCGGCUAUACGCUCAGACACCUGUUUAAUAUAGCUCUUAACAACUUCCUUUGUAGAAAACCCGUAUUAAUAGUCAGACAGUUGUCAGAUUAUAUACAAAGACUAACUGUGGAACACCAGCGCGGACAGGUGGGAAUCUAAAAUUCGCAUUGACAGGUGUCUGAUGAAUGCCUCUUUUAUUCUUAAAAUUGUUUCUGCAUAAUCCUUAAGACAAAUGUUUACAUUUCAAAGGUACACUGGUAUUUAUAUAUAUAUAUAUAUAUUUUUAUUUUUUUUCUAUUUGCCACAUUUUGUACUGAUGAAACUUUUUUUAUCGUUCUAC